AUGCCCUUCAUUGCUAAAGCAUGGGCGAGAUCGAUUAUGAGAACGUCUCAAAGAAAGCAGAAAACCAAUACGGCUAAGCAGCUGGUUUCUUGGAAGCCACCUCCACCAGGCUGGCUAAAACUUAAUACGGAUGGCGCUGUGCUCCCUUCGUCGAUGGAAGCCUCGAGCGGUGGCGUAAUCCGAAAUGCGAACGGUGAAUGGAUCAAAGGCUACACAAGGUCUAUCGGCUGCACAACUGUUUUGCAGUCGGAACUUUGGGCAAUUCUAGAGGGUCUUCAUUUUGCUUGGGAGAUGGGUCAUAAUUUUAUUGUCGAAUCUAAUAGUGCAUCAGCGGUGCAUAUUCUUAACUCUAACGCGACCCCCCACGACUCAGCUAUCGUUCAAAGGAUACGUAGCUAUACUGAUCUGCACUGGAACAUGUUCCCAGAGCUGCGAACGGCCUCGCGGACAAGACGGCGAGCCUCGAUUGUGGCCCAGCUUUAA